UGAUUUUGGCUUAAAAUUAUGUAUUUUCAUGUUGCUCUGAACAAGGGACAAAUCACAUGAUUAUGUUCUUCUAUAAAUCUGCUUCAAUAUGUAUCCCCUUUGGUCUUCCCUUUAUGCUGGCUUUGUCCUCAAUCUGCCAUACCUAUGCAAGUGAAGUGAAAUUGACUCGAGCUAGUUCUUCAAUAUUCAUUUCUUAUUUUUCCGUUCAUCAUAGAUGUGCUUGUCUGAGAUUGUUGUAUAACUGGCAUGAUCAGGAAAAGAUAAUGUGAAUGUAAAAUGCGUAUUUUCGCUGAUCCUGGAUGAUUUCCUUUUGCUCUUCUUUUGCAGGGUGGGGACGCCGCUGAGAUAAUUGAAGAAGCUCCUCCUGGUCAACCAUGGAGACGACAGAACCUCAUCUUACAGAUACCUUCAAGAAGUCUUGAGGAUGCCAAAGAAGAUUUUGUGAGGAUAAACAUGCCCCCAACGCCGAGUCUCACUCCCAAAAGAGUAAACUUCUCCCCAUUACCCAGCCCUAGUGUAGCCAAAAUCAGUGGGUCCCCAGGUCCCUCAUCAUCAAAAGCUAAAUCAACCAUAAAAAGCCUCCUUCCAAAACUAAGUUUCAAACAUCGGAAUACUACUUCAGAGAUUCAGAAGGCUGCCACUCUAGCCCUGGGAGGCUUACCUGCGGGGACACAUGAGAAGCCUUUAAUUUCAAGGACAUGGUCCUUUACAAAGCUUUUGACUCCUAGAAUGAAAAAUGCAUCAUCCUUGCCUGUAACUCCAAUUGCUCACUCAAAUCCAGAGUCUAUGCAUGGAAACACAAUUGAUAUGCUCAGUUCUGUUUUCUACUUGCUAGUAGCACUCUACAGAGCAUUAGCAAAAUUCCAAGAUAAGUUUAAAUCUAGUUGAUUUCCUCAAUGUCACAUGUACUGGUGGCAGUGCACCCACCCUCCUUGUGAAGGGUUCCUGGACUUUCCCCCUUAAUUUCCUGUGCUGAUUCUACCGAACAUAUUA